UCUGUUUUUGUCAUCAUUUAACCUCACUUUGGAAACUAUCGCCUCUUUCUCUCUUCGGUCACUUUGUUGUUCUAACCCACAAACACGACAAGGACGAGACAGUGUUUGAGCCAAGAGAAAGGUGUUUCACACUUCACUUUACUCUUCUCUCAGCACUCUUUGACUUGAGCAGCUAAAAAAAGUCUGCACCCUAGGGUUCCUUCACCUACCUGAAAGCCUCAAGAUAAAUCACAGUUUCAAUGCCCUUUUCAAACAAUGUGCACCUCAGAAAAUAGUUGUUUGGAAAUGUUACUAGGAUUAUGUUGUGUGUGGAUGAGUUUGAGUUUGGGUUAGGCAAGAGCAUGCUUUAUGGGUCCACGUUUAUGACUUUUGGGAUUUUAAAGAGAAAGCAUGAAUGGUAAGUGGUCCUUUGACCAUACCCAUUUGAAGAUGGCUUGGAUUCAGCAUCAAAUCCAACAAAAAGAUGGUUACUUGAUCUAUCCACCACCGGUUUUGCCUCCCCCUUCACCCCCAAGCUGGGGUGCAUUUCUCAAAGAAUCAAUGUCUUCGUCAUCACCAUCAUCUCCCUCACCACCCUCACCUUCAUCCUCUGGUGCUAGAAUUAGUCCUGCUGUGCUUUUCAUCAUUGUGAUUCUGGCUGUUCUAUUUUUCAUCUCUGGCCUGCUCCACCUGCUUGUUAGAUUUCUCAUGAAGAACCCUUCUUCCUCAGCAUCUUCUCAAUCCAAUAGGAACCAGGAAAGUGCAACCUCUGAUGCUCUUCAAAGGCAGCUGCAACAGCUGUUCCAUCUUCAUGAUUCUGGUCUGGACCAGGCUUUUAUUGAUGGACUUCCUGUUUUCCAAUACAAGGAGAUAAAGGGGUUGAAGGAGCCAUUUGACUGUGCUGUCUGUCUCUGUGAGUUUUCUGAAAAGGAUAAACUCAGGUUGCUGCCUAUGUGCAGCCAUGCCUUUCAUAUCAGCUGUAUAGACACCUGGCUUUUGUCCAACUCCUCAUGCCCUCUUUGCAGGGGUACCCUCCUUACUCCUGGCUUUCCCCUUGAAAAUCCAUUGUUUGAUUUUGAUGAUUUGAGGGAUGAUAAUGGGGAACAUGAGUUCACAACUAGGCAGAAAACGAUUGAAAUUGAAGAAACUGUGGUAGAGAAGGGGGUUUUCCCUGUGAGACUUGGCAAAUUCAGAAGGCUUGAUGUGGAGGCAGAGGUGGCUGCUGGAGGAGAGACUAGUAGCAAUAAUUUGGAUGCCAGAAGAUGUUAUUCCAUGGGAUCUUAUCAGUACGUGCUUGGGAAUUCAGACCUCAGAAUAACCUUGAGCCAUGACCGAGAAGGUCGUCAUGCACAGUUCUUGAAAGGAAGAGAAAACUUAGAGAGACUUUCAGUUGAGGGGGAUAUUGAAGGAAAGAAGAUUACAAGUGUGUGUAAAGGUGAGAGCUUUUCUGUUUCCAAAAUCUGGCAGUGGUCACAGAAGGGAAAAUUUUCAGUUUCUUCUGAUACCCAGAUGAGUAUGCCCUCUUCUCUUAUCACGGAUUUGCCUUGGAUGAGAGAAACAAGAAGGACAUGAAAGGUAUCCGUAGUAUACCCCUUCUCCACCUCUUACUUGAAUUCAUUUGAAUCCAUUGAUUGCAGCUUCUGCUUUUCCUCGAAAUUUCUUCAAAUAUUUUGUGUUCUAAUCUUGAAGAUGUGGUUAUUGAUGUACUACGAUUCUGUGACAUGAAAUGGAAGAAAUUUAUGUUUCUAUAAAAACAGAUUUUAGGAAUGAACUGAUACAAAUGUUACUGAUAACAUACAAAUUGUAACAAUGACCCAAUCAUUGGAGACAGCCAAAAUUUCAUGAGAUUCACA